UGACUACAAUGGUCUAGGCCAUCAUCUUUUUCCUCAUCUGGGCAAAGGUUGCUCCUUCAUUCUCUUAAGGGUGGUCGGCGUGAUUGCCGUGGGUUAGGCUUUCUUCCGCCGAGUUGGAUUGACUGGGAUUGAUUUUUUCCAGAUUCUCAUUCUCAUGGCCAUAGUGACUAGGUUCACCCAUCUGCGAUCACUUGAUGAAGUUCCUAGAGGCUUCUCGAAUCGCCUCUGCCAAGUGUUGAACUUUUUCUUAUAGGUUGUUGAACUGCUCCGCAGUCACAGGGGGUGGCAGGACUGUUCGGACUCCGAAAUGCACCAGUGCAGGGGCGUUCGCUACAUCGUCCACGGCCUGGUCUUGUUCGAUCUCCCCCAUCGCUUACUGGUGAUUUUCUUGUGGCAUUGGGUCUAACGGUUGUCCUCCUUUUUUCGAAUAGGUCCUGGUUGUCUUCAUCAUUCGCCCUCUCUUAAUCGUACUGAAACUGUGAAAGUACUUGUAUGGCUUGUCGUAAGCUUCCCAUGGACGGCGCCACUAUUGUUGCACGAUUCCAUGUGACGUGAAACUGCACAACAUGGUUCAGAAACUUGCCCAGAGGGAGCUCCGGGAGGAAGCUCCGAUGCCAAAUAGGGUUUCAGAAAGAGAAGAAAGAUUCAGAGAUCUACAUGGAAAUGCCUAAGUAGAGAACAUAUCAAGAUCAUUGGUGAACCAAAGAAAUUGGGUCAAUCAUGGGGGAGAAAAUAAGGGAAUUAUCAGACGAUUAUGAUGUCUUGGAAGUUUUAGGUGGAGGGGGAUUUUCAGUCGUAAAAAGGGCAGUUCGCAAGUCUAGUGGAGGCAAAUUCGAGGUAGCUGUCAAAACUCUUAAGAGGUUUGGAAGUCCAGAGGGAACACCAAAAAGUGAGGUGGAGGAGAACAGCACAGCCUCAAAACAGAAUGCAAAAUGGAAUCAUUUAUCAGUUUCCGAUACCUUGCUGAUUAACGAGAUUAUAGUUAUGAGGAAGAUAAAGGAAGAUGUGAGUCCACAUCCAAAUGUGAUUGACCUCUAUGAUCUCUAUGAGGACAAAAAUGGUGUCCACCUUGUGCUAGAGUUGUGUUCUGGGGGUGAGCUUUUUGACCGCAUAGUAGACCAGGAAAAAUACUCAGAGGCAGGAGCUGCAGCUGUGGUUAGGCAAAUUGCCAAUGGGUUAAGUGCGCUUCAUUGGGCCAACAUCAUCCAUCGUGAUUUGAAGCCGGAAAACUGCCUUUUCUUGACCAACAGUGAGGAUUCACCUUUGAAAAUAAUGGACUUUGGAGUGAGUUCUGUAGAGGAAUUCACUGAACCAAUUGUUGGGUUGUUUGGUUCAAUUGACUAUGUCUCACCCGAGACAUUGUCUCAGGGACGAAUAACAUCUGCAACUGAUAUGUGGGCUUUGGGAGUGAUCCUGUAUAUACUCCUCUCUGGUGAUCCACCUUUCCUAGCCACAUCAUAUCGGCAAAAACAGAAACUCAUAUUGGCUGGAGAUUUCAGCUUUGAAGACCAUACUUGGAAAACUAUUUCUCCAUCAGCAAAACAAUUGAUAUCCAGCCUUCUGACUGUUGAUCCUCAAAAGAGACCAACUGCUGAAGAGAUUCUUUUGCAUCCUUGGGUCAUGGGGAACUCAGCAAACCAGGAGCUAAUGGAUGCUGAAAUCAUUUCUCGACUACAUCAUUUCAAUGCCCGUCGUAAAUUCCGAGUAGCUGGGAUAGCCAGCUUAAUGAGUAGUACAGUUAUGUUGCGAACAAAGAGGCUAAGGAAUCUAUUAGAGUCUCACGAUCUUACACAUGAGGAACUUCAGAAGUUGAGGAUGCAUUUUAAGAAAAUACGUAAAGAUGGUGACUUUGCCACAUUAGCUGAAUUUGAAGAGGUCCUAAAAGCGAUGAAUAUGUACUCACUGCGACCUCUUGCCCGCCACAUAUUUUACCUCUUUGACAAUAACCAUGAUGGGACUGUGGACAUGAGAGAGAUACUAUGCGGAUUCUCAACUCUCAGAAAUUCACAAGGAGAUGAUGCUCUUCAGCUCUGUUUCCAGAUGUAUGAUACAGACAGGUCUGGAUGCAUCACCAAGGAAGAAGUGGCAUCCAUGCUCAGAGCAUUGCCGGAGGACUGCCUUCCAGCAGAUAUCACAGAACCUGGAACACUGGAUGAGAUAUUUGAACGAAUGGAUGCCAACACAGAUGGAAAGGUCACCUUCGAAGAGUUCAAAGCUGCCAUGAAGAGAGAUAGCUCCCUCCAAGAUGUAGUUCUCCACUCCCUACGACCUACCUAAUUUUACUACUAACAACAUCUUCCUUUCCAUUCAGCUGGGGACAUUCACAGUUGUCUUCAGAACCAUACAACCCAAUUGGCUCAAAUCAUGUAGUAAUCUCUUAAUAUUUUUUCCUAGUAAUUUAAUAUACCAAACAGUUGGGCAAAUUCAAGUUGCUGCAGACAAUUGGGAAUUUGGGCAGUUCAUAUGGAAUCAACUUGUAUCCAGACAUUAAUUACUGAACAACUUCUCUCUGUUAUUCUAUUGGCACAUGCAUACAAUCCAAUUAAUUCAGGUAAGUUGACUCA